GCUCCCGCUCCCGCCGCCGCCGCCGCCUCCAUCGCCUCCCCUCAGCCUCCCAGUCUCUCCUCGCGCUCCUUCCAUCGCUUCGCCCCCUCUCCCUCCGUCCCGUCCUCUCCGCGCCCCUCACCCCGCCUCUCUCCCCCUCUCCCAGCCCCUCCUCUCUUCACCCCACCCUGCCGCCCUCCCUCCCUCCCUCCGCCCGCCCGUCCGGCGCUCGCAGAGUCGACACCAGGGGGGCUCUCCAUGUAGCACCAUGACAGGCAUCGCCGCCGCCUCCUUCUUCUCCAAUACCUGCCGCUUCGGGAGCUGCGGACUCCACUUCCCCACCCUGGCCGACCUCAUCGAGCACAUCGAGGACAACCACAUCGAUACAGAUCCACGUGUUUUAGAAAAACAAGAAUUACAGCAGCCAACCUAUGUUGCCCUCAGUUACAUUAAUAGAUUCGUGACUGACGCUGCCCGCCGGGAGCAGGAGUCCCUCAAGAAGAAGAUCCAGCCGAAGCUCUCGCUGACCUUGUCCAGCUCCGUGUCUCGGGGGGGCGUGUCCACGCCGCCGCGCCACAGCAGUGGAAGCCUCACGCCCCCCGUGACCCCGCCCAUCACGCCCUCCUCUUCAUUCCGCAGCAGCACCCCGACAGGCAGUGAGUACGACGAGGAGGAGGUGGACUACGAGGAGUCGGACAGCGAUGAGUCCUGGACCACAGAGAGCGCCAUCAGCUCCGAGGCCAUCCUCAGCUCCAUGUGCAUGAACGGAGGGGAGGAGAAGCCUUUUGCCUGCCCAGUUCCUGGAUGUAAAAAGAGAUACAAGAAUGUGAAUGGCAUAAAGUACCAUGCUAAGAAUGGUCACAGAACACAGAUUCGUGUCCGCAAACCAUUCAAAUGUCGUUGUGGUAAGAGUUACAAGACAGCUCAGGGCCUGCGGCACCACACAAUCAAUUUCCAUCCCCCGGUGUCGGCUGAGAUUAUCAGGAAGAUGCAGCAAUAACAUGCUGGUCAUAACUGUGCCAAGGAAUCCUCACCAGCAGUUGCUGAUUUUGAAAACAGCCACCUUUUUUCAGGGGAAGCAUUCAGCCACCCUUUAAAGAAGUAAAUGCAUGCUUUAAAUUUUUUCUGUAAUUUUGGAAUGAUGUAUCUUUGUAGAGUUAAUGAUUUUGUACAUUUGCACAUGUAAUCAUCAUAUCCAUUUUCAUUACUUUGAUAUAAGGUGCUAAAAAAAAAAAAAAAAAAGCUCUAGGUUCUCAGCACAUUUCCCCCCAAAACAAAUAUGGUUGAGGGCAUGUUGCAUAUUGUUCAGUUGUAUUGCAGUGAUAGCAGUUGGGGGAGGAGGGGCUGGCACAGAGGUUUGCUUCCCCCCACCCCCAAGAUUUGUAGUGUGACUGAGGUUUUUUCAACACAUUAACUAUGUUCAAAACCAAAAUAAUACCUUCAUUAUCAAACUGGUUAUCAUGCCUUACAUAAUGGAGUUAGUAUUUGUGAGUAGAAAGACUUUUAGGUAAUUGAAAUAUAAAUUAAGAAAGAAUGUUUAACAUAUGCUAAAAAUAUUUUCAUAUUUAAAUAACAUACAUAAAAGGUAUGCUUUUCUGUGUUUUAUAUUAUCUUGCAAGUCCUUUUGCCCUUUAAAAAGCUGAAAAUCUUGCCAUCUGACUUACCAAUUAUUUGUUAUAAAUGGCGUUUUUGUACAAUAGUCUGUUCAGUUCACUCAUUAAUUUAACACACUUAUUGAGUGCAAGGGAUUCCAUUUAUGUCUAUUGAUACUUGCAGAACAAGGUACCAAUUUAGUGAAAUAUGUUUCCCUGAAAUCUGUUAGGAAACAUUUUGAAAUACAAAUUUUGUGUAAAAUUUAUUUCUAUCUUCAUCUUUAGGUGAAGUUUUAAAGCACUUUGUAGUUCUCUAUUGCCAACAGAUUUAAUGUUUUAUGUGUUGCCAAUUCUUACAACCACUGCCCUAACAAACCUGUGGGUUACAAAUAAGAAAAUUCCAAGCAUGGUUCAAAGGGGAACAUUUUUGUUUAGGCCCCUACUGCCUCUCUUCAUGUUCGUUGUGUUUAGACUUUAAAGGCACUUUUCCUAUCACAUUGUAGAUGUCUGUGUUCCACUGGAAACGUCUGUUUAGCUUUAUAAAACAAUUUGCCGAAAUGAAAUUGAGCCUUAUUGAGAAUUAAGUGCUUUCUUGCAGCAGGUGGUCAAAGAAUGACUAAUAUAUGACCCAUUAGAAUAACUCUACGUCUGGACCGUUCCUGAAGUUUUUCUCACCAACAACACUGUCAUGCCUUGAGUGUUCUUUUCUCCCAAGUGCUAUUCCUUGAACAUGAGUUUACCAGUUGCUUAAUUAUGCAAUAAAAAUUGCUUUGAGGUGGCCAACUGCUCACAAAACUGGUAAAACGCAAACUUGCAUUGCUAAUAAAAUAACUUUCUUCCCACGUUUCUGUUAGCCAGAUGAGUAAGCUUCUAUAUUCUUAAGUUGAGAAUCCCUCAUAAUGAGGGAUUUUUAAGUAUUUAUAAAGAUACUGCCCUUUAAAAAUUUCCUCAGAUCUCUGAAGCAUGGUCUUGGUCCUGCUAUACAGUGCUAUUCUGUAUGUUGAAAAAGGUGAUCUAGACAGAAAAAGCCAUUAGUUGGUGCAUAAGAAGGCCCUACUGGCUAUUACACAUUUACCUAUAAUUGACCAAAAAUUUUUUAGGCCAUCAGUUAUUUAGCUUUUGCUCUUUCUAGUGCAAGAAAUUGCAGGCUGGAUCAGCAGUUCAACAGCUAAACAGUCAUAAAAUAGUCAUUGUGCAUGUUAACAUUUCUUUCAACUAUAAAACAAAUUCCAACUUCUACUUGCUUAUUCAUUGUGACAGUAUUACUAAAGGUAAGGAUGGGAAUAUUUUGUUAUACUGUGUAUAGUGAAUGUAUUGUACUGUGUCUGUGAAAACUGUGCUUUAAAUUAUAUUUUCAUAUGUUUUGUUGUUUGGGACAGAGCACAUUAAGUUUGAAAGCGACAGAGGUUUUAGAACUGAAGACAACUUAAUGAAUCAAAAUCCUGUCAAGAAAAGCUGCUUAUAAAUGUAGAUGAAAUUGCAUUUUAAAUAAACUGUCUCUGACCCAAAAUAAA